AUGGAGUGGUGGGUAUCCAUGCCAAAGAUUGAACUUCAUGCCCACCUCAAUGGUUCCAUCAGAGACUCAACACUUUUAGAGCUUGCUAGAGUUUUGGGUGAAAAGGGUAUCAUUGUUUUCUCAGAUGUGGAGCAUGUUAUCAUGAAAAAUGACCGUUCUUUGGGUGAAGUAUUCAAAUUGUUUGACCUGAUUCACAUCCUCACCACUGAUCACAAAACUGUGACCAGAAUCACAAAAGAAGUGGUAGAAGAUUUCGCUUCUGAGAAUGUUGUGUAUAUAGAGUUGAGAACAACUCCAAAGAAAAAUGAUUCUAUAGGAAUGAGCAAGCGCUCUUAUAUGGAAGCUGUGGUAGAAGGUUUAAGGGCUGUUACUUCAGUAGAUGUAGAUUUUGUUCCUCAUAAUUUCAGCACUCAAGAUUCGUUGAAUCCUAUUGUCAUGAAUGAUGCAUGUGAUGGAACUAAAAGGAAAAAGAUAUAUGUGAGACUUCUUCUCAGCAUUGAUCGUCGUGAGACCACUGAAGCUGCUAUGGAAACUGUUAAGCUUGCACUAGAACUGAGGGAUUUAGGGGUUGUUGGUAUUGACCUUUCUGGAAAUCCUGUUGUGGGUGAAUGGAAUACAUUCUUGCCAGCACUAACAUUUGCCCAGGAACAGGGUCUUUACAUAACUCUACACUGUGGAGAGGUACCUAAUCGCAAGGAGGUCCUACCAAUGCUAGACUUUCUCCCCCAAAGGAUUGGCCAUGCAAUAUUCUUUGAAGAGGAAGAAUGGAGACAAUUAAAAACAUCUAAAAUACCGGUUGAGAUCUGUUUGACAUCCAACAUCAAGACUGAAUCGAUCUCUUCAAUCGAUAUUCACCAUUUUGUUGAUUUAUACAAUGCUAAACAUCCUCUGGUCUUGUGCACUGAUGAUGCUGGAGUUUUUUCCACCAGUCUUUCUAACGAGUAUAAUAUUGCUUCAGCUGCAUUUGGUCUUGGAAAGAGGGAAAUGUUUGAGCUUGCACAAAAUGGGAUAGAUUUUAUAUUUGCUGGUGAUGAAGUCAAGCAGGAUUUAGUGGAGAUUUUUGAUUUGGCAGCAAAGAAACUAAAUCUAUGA